GACUUCCGGAUGAACGCUCCCAUAGCUCGUGCCAAGCCUACUGCUUGUUGCUGGAAAAGUUUUUUUCUGUUGCGAAAUUGCUGACUUCUCGACAGCACACGCAGCGGAUUUUUUUUCGCCGCACUUCCUGCAUCGCGACCUGCGGACGCCACCGACCACUUCGCAAUACACAGGAUCGACUGACCUCUACCAUUGCUGUGUGCGCCGCUGGCAUCCUCAUCGCACCAUUCCUCGUCGUUACCAUCCUCGUCUGCCGCCGCCUUGCCUUCUUCCUGAUCCACGUCCAUCAAAUCGGCGCUGUCGUGGCCGUCGGAGAGCGCAUCACCAGCGCCGCGUGACGGAAGAUCAUGUUGCUGCGCCGGCUUCGGUUUCUUCGGAACCGCCCGGCCAUCGGCUCCGCGCUUGCCGAUUUUCUUCUUCUUUGGCCGUGCCAUGGUGCUUGCUUGCUUGCGUGCGUGUCUCGUGUUGUUCGGGCCGCCACGUGUGCCAGUUUGUUGUGGGAGCGUCUUUCCCAACAGCAAAACAAUCUCCGAUAGCACGGCACGACAAAAUGUGCACUAUCUCGAGAACCAGAGUUUUCCCCGGAAAAACAAAAAAUACCCAUCUAGAGACUGAUGAGACCGUUGAGUGUUUGUCUCCGAUUUUGGCAUGCACGAGCGGGUUCGGCAUCACCUUGCGCUACACACUUACGAUGUACGGUUUGGUGGUGGGGAACUUGGAAAUUUUAAACGUCGUCGGCUUCCCAGCGCUGUGGAUUGCCGAGAUAGCGUUGAUCAUGACGGCAUUACGGCUAUUUGUCAUGUACUACCCCAGCACAAGGGCCAAGUACGGAAGAGUGACCAGAGAGAAGCCGUGGACUUGCGGCCUAGCAGCUACCUACCUUUUGGUGGAGACGGUGGUGUGGUUGGCAGCUGCAGCGCAGGGCAUCGAGAGGAACAUCAGACCCAUCCAAGAGGUCCUGUAUCACGCCCGAAGAAAUGGCAUUCCGAAAGGUGUCCAGAUGCUGCUGGCGUUAUCGUCGAGGGCGAGGCGGCGGAGCACUUCAACUAUCGGCGGCGAGGAAGUUACCUCGGAUGUUACACAGAAUCCGAGCCAACACAGCCGCGAGCCUUACAUCGAUUCGAACCGGCUCGCCGGCAUCAUGAACUACCUCCCGCUGCGGGAAGCAUUCGGAGAGUUCUGCCAGAAAUCGCUCUGCAGCGAGUCUUUUCAGUUUCUCCUGGAUGCUUCGGAGUUUAGAGGCGUGAUCGUCGAAGGCCCCGUCGACGGCGAUGCCAACGGCAGCGCCGAAGAGGAGAACGAGGCACCAACACGCAGGUUGGGGGACGUGGCGACCAUGGUGAACGAGUACAUCAAGGACGGCGCUCCCUCGGAGAUCAACAUCGGCAGCGACACCAAGCACGACAUCAUGGAGCUGGCCAAGGCCGAAGCCUUCGCCUCGCUUGACCAGGAUGCGCGAAAGCUGAUUUUCGUCAAAGCCGAGAGGGAGAUCAAGAGGAUCCUGGAAGAUAACCUCAUGGCCAGAUUUCUGGUGUCCGCACAGUACAAACGGGCUGUGGACGGUGACGGAGAUGGACGUGUAUAA